AUGCUCACUCCUGGCAGCUAUUCCAAUCUUCUCCUCGUCUUUAUCCCUCUGGGCAUAACUUUUGGUGUGCAGAAUAGAACUCCAGAACUCAUCUUCUGGUUCAACCUCCUGGCCAUCAUCCCGCUCUCAAAACUCAAUCUUCGCAAACUCCGCAGGCUGUCGUGCACGUUAGGCCCUUUGGGCGGUGGAUUUCUGCAUGCCAUUUUAGAUAAUGCGCCGUUAUUAAUCGUAGGCAUUGCGGCCAUCCAAAACGGCGCAGCCCAUAUUGCGCAAUCCUGCAUCCUUGGAAGUGUCUUGGCCAAUCUUCUUCUCGUUGUUGGGUGGUGUUUCUUGGUCGGGAGCAUCCGUCAGAGUGAAUUGAUAUUUAAUACCACGUUUGCAUCAACAGCGUCAUCUCUGAUGAUUGUUGCAUCAACGUCCCUCGUGGUUCCGUCUGCCAUUUCUGAGAUGCAGUGCAGGGCCGACGCCGAUUGCGAAGAUCAACUGAUACGAAUGUCGCGCUCUGUUUCUGUAGCUCUUUUAUUUCUUUUUGUUAUAUAUCAGCACUACCGAUGGCGGUCUCACCGAUGGCUAUUCCUAGAAGGCACACCAUCUGGGUUGGAUGAUGAGCACGAUAUAAGUCGGAUAUUGCUAGGAAUUUUCGAGGGACUGCUUCUUAUCUCCGUCCUGGGGCUUUCUUCGCUAUCUGCAUACUUUCUCUUGCGGACACUGAGUUUAGUAACAGACUCUGUUUUUAUCAGCGACAAGACAGUCAGUUUUGUCCUCUUACCGCUGUCCACCGAUGGGCCAGCUCGAGUAGAAGCCAUUGUGGCAGCAUACCGAAACAGCAUGACUACGGCUCUAGAAUUCGCAAUUGGUCGAAGCAUGAAUGCCGCCUUGUUCGUUACUCCCAUGUUAGUCCUCUUCUCAUGGGCAGCUCAGUCCAGCACUCCAAUGACUUUGCACUUCCCAACUUUAGAGACAAUUUCCAUUUUUCUUGGUACGCUAUUGGUUGCCGAGCUGUGCCGCGACGGCAAAAGCAAUUACUUGGAGGGUGCCAUGUGCCUUGUCACGUAA